CAGGCAACAAGUGUAUCCGUAAGGCUCCAAGGCUGCAAGGCCAGUCUGACACGGGAAUGUUUACACAGCCCACUUCGACUGCCACUGCCACCACCUGUCCGCUUUGAUUUUCAUUUGUCACACGCAGCUGACAUCCACACCGAGUUAAAAGCACCCUGCGCGCGAGGGAUCAUAGGCAUGGCAAGCUCCCUUCCCAAAAAUCCAUGAAAUCCCCUCUUCGGGAGGAAGAGGGCCCAACCCCUGCAAAGCUCUGCGCCUUGUACGAUGUCGGUGGUGGGGUAUGUCUGGCCGAUUCGUUUGCCAUCUACUCGGUCGUCGCAUUCCCCCCCAAGUGGGCAACUAUCGAGAUCGAUCGCAUAAUAUGCUCUCAGCUCGAGGAAGCUGCUUCGCUGCUCGCAACCAAAAUUCCUAUACUUUCCAACCUGCGCGAUCAUCCAGUGCUGGACCUCGUUUCGUUGCCAUGUCCGCCUCGGGGACCCGCUCAAGGAAGCAUUUGUACAAGCCCGGCUGACAGCCUCCCCUGGUUCUUGAUACACGCAGCUAGAUAUUCAAAGCACUGCGUGUUUGGUCGCAGCGAUUCUUUGACCUCACUGCUCGUUGUUCUCCAGCGGCCGUGGUGCAUCCUCGAGCUGUGCUGCUGUGAUACCCUAACGGUAGCCGCACUUCACAAUCUCGCGACUCUGGCCAUGAAAUUUGAUGCUUUGACCUAUAGACCUGCUGUCGAACUCUUAGCCCACGAGUUAUCGCGCAGAAACGACAACCCCCCGAACCUCCCCAGAGUCAAUCAUUCCAUAGGUGUGACGCAUAGAUGUCCUCAACAGCGCGGUGCCUUCAAUUUGUACAAGGAGCUCUCUAGGAGUUCUCUUCGAUCGCAUAACUCCUUUUGGAUAGGACUGAUCUCUAUAUGUGCGGUCUACCUUGGUCUGGCAUUCUCUGAUACGACGAAGAUUCUGGGCGAUCUGGUCAGCGAUCCUCAAACUACGAGCGCGGAAAAUCCCAGCGCUCUCAAGGCGAUAUCCAGAGCUUUAUCAUCGCAUGGUGCUUCUAUUCUCCCAGUAGGCCAAGCGAGGCGCCACAUCCAUACUCUCGCACUACGCAGAAGGCACAGCAUCGAUGUCAUCACGCGUCCGGAAGGAGACUCGGAGAUCUAUGACACACCGUCCCUCGCCAGCCAAGCGGAUUCUCAUAUUGAACGCGCCCAUGCACCGGAUCUUCUGAAGCUUUACGAGGUAAUUCUCAAAAGCUUCAGAGAGUAUAUCUGAUGCUUUCAAACCAAAAUUGCGGACCAAGACUUUGGUAGGAUGGGGUGCAGCCUUCAAGUUCUUCGAGAAUGCUUCCAAUAGCUACAACGUCAAGGGUGGCAGAGCUGGCUGUUGAAUCAAGACGACAUCAACUGUUAUAAUGCAAGAUUUGGUCUAUUCGUUUAGAGUGUGUAUGAAUGAAUGAGCUUAUUCGAGUAUAUCGUUCGUUCCAUCUUUUUCAAGUCUCGAACAAGGCUUACCCCGCAUGAGAGCCAGGAAAGUCCGUGGAGCACUUCCCCGCAGUUGUUGCCCCGCAAGUCUGAUAUUGUUCCAUCGUUGAUUUCCCUGCAUUACCGAGUUCACACCGAAAAAACAACUUCAAUUGGCUCAGUCUUGGAAUAUCAAGCGGAUUAAAAUCGAAUAUCAAAUUAUAAACACCCUUUCCGGUAAUGAAGUGGGGCGUGAGAGUUUGGUUGACAACUAGAUUGCUUGCCGUCAGUUCUGGUUUCCAGUCAUAAAGCCGAGGUCCGAGACGAAUUGCAAUACAAGGUUUUGAAAAGAGAUGUGUCAAUUGAGAGGAGGCUCACUGGCUCUAUUUACCCCGCUAAAUGGGCUCGGUCUAUAUCAGGUACCAACCACCCAUGGCAUAAAUCCGUUCUAGAGCGC